CAAAAGACAGAUUCCUGAUCGAUGAAUAGUGGUUUCUCUCUCCUGAUUAUAAAGGCUUAACAGACCUCGCCUCAGCAGUAAUAGAGAUUACGCAGUCCUCACCACGUGUGAACAUGAAUGCGAAUCACAGAAAAAUCCGAUCACAAAGUCUGCCUAAUUGGAAUGGCGACCAGGACGACAAAUUACAUUAUAGAUUGACCAUCAUGGGCGCCGCCGGGGUAGGCAAGAGUUGCAUAAUUUCCCAGUUCCUGUACGACCGCUUCAUCAGUGAGUACAAAGAAACCGUGGAGGAGUUUCACAGAGGAGAAUACACCGUGGACGGCCGAGAACUAAUUCUGGACAUUUUAGACACCGCAGGUGCACAUUCAUUUCCGGCCAUGCGCAGACUGGCUAUCUCAACGAGUGACGCUUUUGUGCUAGUGUAUUCCAUAGACGAUGAGUCCUCAUUUCAAGGCGUGAAAUAUUUGCGAGACAUUAUAUUAUCUGAACGUAAGGGUGAGCAUGUUCCGAUAGUCGUCGUGGGAAAUAAAUCGGACAUUUCAGAUGACAAAAGAGCUAUAAUGAAAGAAACAGCGGAGUCUAUUGUAUGUUUUGACUGGGGUAAUGGCUAUGUUGAAGCCUCGGCAAAAGACAGUAUAAAUGUCGUCGGUAUAUUCAAAGAAAUCCUGCGACAAGCCAACAUUGAAAUAAGCAAAACGCCUUUACCGAAAAGAAAAAGGUUUGCUUCGACCUCAUCUGACGGAUCUGACAUUGGGAAUUCCCCUACCCGUGAACGAAAUAAAAGUUGUGUGAUAUCAUGAGGAAGGGUGCCAUUUCUUAUUUUUGUACAAUAUGAAUGCUUUUUACAAAAUAAAUCAAGAAAAACUUUUUAAAA